AUGCGUCGCGUCAAACUCAAAUAUUCGCCAUUACAUUCUUCUCUUGUCAAUCUUCCUCUGAGUGUCUAUGGACCUCUUGUAUCCACUGGCGUGAGACCGCAAGCUGUAUCCGUGCAUCUUUCCAACCUAGUAAAAGGCUCGGGCCAUAAAUCUGCAUACCUCGGAUGGACUGGGCUAGCGUCUGCCUCUUCUACUGCCCGCUGGGGCUCGAAAGGCGGAGAUGAGAGCCUGGAUACGGUGGAAGUCGACCCACAACUCUGUGCAUCUCUUGGAUUCAAUGAAGGAGAUGUGCUUGAACUGGGGUUGGUGCACAAUCUUCCAGUCGCAAAGUCUGUAAGCACUGAACCAUUGACACCUGAUGACUGGGAGAUCUUGGAACUACAUGCACAAUAUGUCGAGGACAACCUGCUGUCACAAGUCAGGGUUGCAGCAAAUGAUCAGCAUAUACUGGUAUGGAUCAUGGGAAAGAAUCUCAUACGAUUCAGACAUCUAUGGAUCCGGAUAAAGGGCCCUGCCUUCUAUCUACCGACACAGAGCUCAUAA